AUGUUUUAUUCAUCAUAUAUUAAAAGGGAAAAUAAAUUUUUAGGAUUUUCAAUUCCUAGAGUACAUUAGAGUCUUUUUAAAGGAAAUAAUGUUUGGAUUAUAAAACCUGCGGAUAAUAAUAGAGGACGGGGAAUAUAAAUAUUUAAUAAUUUAUAAUAAUUAAAUAAGAUUUUAUAGGAAUAUUAGGAAAAACAUAUAUAAAUGAUUUAAUCUUAAAUAUAAAAGGAAAAUAUUUAUAACCUUUUUAAGAAAAAAAAUAAUCAAAUUUCUAAAUUUGUAAUCCAAAAAUAUAUUGAAGAACCUUUUUUAAUUAAUGAAAGAAAAUUCGAUAUUAGAAUAUGGAAUUCUUUGAAAAAUAAUAUAAUUCAUUUAACUAAUAAUGCGAUAUAAUAGAAUUCUAAAAAAUAUGGAUAAUAAGAAUAAGGGAAUUAACUUUCUUUUGAAUAAUUUUAGAAUUAUUUAAAAUAGAAAAAUAUAAAUAUAAAUUUUUAGAUGAAAAUAAUUUAAAGAAUUAAGGAAAUAAUAUCUCUAAGUUUUAAUUCUGUUAAAAAUAAAAUUAAUAUUUUAGAAAGAAAAUAUUGCUUUGAAAUCUUCGGAUAUGAUUUUAUUAUUGAUAAUUAUUUUAAUACUUGGCUUAUUGAAGUUAACACCAAUCCUUGUUUAGAAUAAUCAAGUGAAAUUGUAUCUAAUUUAUUAAAAAGAAUGUUAGACGAUGCUUUUAAAUUAACUAUUGAUGUUCAUUAUCCUAAAGUUAAAUUUAAAUAAUAGUAAUAGGUUUAUCCAGUUAAAAAUUAUAAUGAUAGAUAUAAUAUGUGGGAAUAAAUAAUACCUAAUAGUUAUUAAAGUUUAAAAAUUCAUACUUUUAAUUUAAAAAAAUGA